AUGGCCACCGGUAACCUAAGCACGCAUUCCAACCUUGCAGAGGCUCACACUCAUUCCCCGGAGUAUAUCACCAUGCUCGUAGUCCUGAGUUACCUAGAGCAUCGAAGUGGCCAAACCAGCUCCGAAUCUUCACCCUUCCCUCUUGAUACAGCUGUUCAAUGUUUCGAAAACUUUGUAGACUGCUGUCAGACAUUGCCAGCUACAAUCCACAGUAACCUAUCAAAGAGUCCUGUGAGUUCACAGGGUACCAAACAAAACAGUCCUUUUGUUGUGAAACCUGGUCAUGUCAAGCUUCAAGAGGCACUUCUGUCAUCAUUAUCAGACUUUAUAGCAACCAUAGGAGGGAUCAGGGCAACCAUAGAGAGCUACAAAGAGAAUGAGGCAACAGCCACAAUGGUAAGAGGAGACCUCAUAGAUGACAAAGUGCGAAGUCUUCAUUACCAUUUGAGAGACGUCUCUCAUCAGGGUAAACAGCUAUCCUUGUUGCCCAGGGACAAGCUGUCUCUGGCACUACAAGCAUCAAUGAGUGUGGUGGAAGAUGGUAGAAAGAAGGAGAAGAAUUUACACGAUCUACAUGGUUUCACUACACCUAUUGUCACAGCUCAGAUGUCGGCUCAAAACACUGAGCAAAGAGACCAUGCUACCAGGGGAGAUGUUCAGUGA